AUGGGCUGGUUUUGGGGGUUGGUGCCCCCGGCGGAGCGGCCCAGAGGGUGUCUUUGGAGCAAUGCCGACACGACGGCUGCCGUAAAUGCGUUGCCAGCAUCUGACAAGCUCGCCAGCAAUUCCACCGUAGCGCCCGAGCACAUUUGGCUGCUCCCUCUUGAGACGGAGCUCUGGGUGAAGCGCGUUCAGCGCCGGCGCUUGAUCAAGAUUUUGAAUCAGACCGAGACUCGGAAGUACCUCCGCACGGCCAAGGAGCUGGAGCAGCAGGGCCCUGAUGGCUCCCACCUGGUGAACCAACCUGAGAUCCCCGAGAUGGUGCAGACGGCUCCACCCAAGGAGCUACCACAGCAGCCCGGCGAAUUUGGGCCUAGGUUGGAGACUUUUUCGGGCCUCUACAUCAAAACUCGGAGAGCCGCGCUGUCCCAGACGCCCCGCGCACCUCGAAUCUUCUUCACUUCAUUCUGCAGUUCUUGCCUAGUGCCCUGCAGCUCGCCUUUCAGCUUCGGCCGCAAAGCCUUCCAAACUCGAGCUCUAUGGCUCUAUGGCUGGUAA